AUGGCAGACGGUUGCCUGGAGUGUCAUCGCUGUGUUGGUUACAGACUAUCACUUUUGCAUGGCUGGAGAUGUUAUUUUAAGGCUGGACAAUGUCUUCUCCUGUCUUCACUUGUGCUCUUCAUGAUUUUCGACCAGGCAGAGUCCCGCAGAGAUUCCUGCAAGAACACUUACGGAGAUGACGCCACCUGUGACUUGUGGACUCGCCAGGGUCAGUGUGAGGUCACCGAGUGGAUGCUGGACAACUGCGAGCGGUCUUGUGGCCUGUGUAUUGUUGAUAAGGACGAGAAUUCAAAAUUUCAAAGAAUUUUGGAUGAAUUUUACGACUACCGUUCCCGGGAAUUUCCGGAAUACGCCACCUAUGUUGGUUACCAUGACUACGAUGACGCUUUGGAGUCGUUCCGUCUUUCUGCUUUUGAUAGGAGAAAGAAUGAAACAAACGGAUACAUUACCCGAUUGAAAGCCCUUGACACAGGUCAUCUGUCAAAGGUCAACAAACGAGAAGUGAGAAUUCUGACGUCAUAUCUGCAAACCUUUGUUGAUGGUUACAAAUGGCGCGACUAUGGCGCCCUGAACUCCAUCAACUUCCUGGAGGGCCUGGCCAAAGGACCUCAGUGGCCUCUGUAUGCCAGGUUGGAGAGUGAGCACGACUUUCAGAGAUACCUCAAGCGGCUAGCCUCGUUCCCGGACCAGAUAAAUGAGCAGAUCGCUUUGAUGAAAAGAGCCAUAACUUUGAAGAGAUCAAGUCACAUGGUAUCUGUG